AUGCACAUCAUCAAGCCCUCGUGGCUGAGCCACAGCGUCGAGCAGAAGGACUUUGAGGUUUACAGCUGCCACGUCUCGCCCGACGGGAAGCGUCUCGCCACCGCUGGCGGCGAUGGCCAUGUGCGAAUUUGGUCGACCGAGUCCAUCUACAAGUCAGAUGAUGCCUCCUACAGCAAACCUCGGCAGCUCUGCCACAUGAGCCAUCAUCUCGGCACGAUCCACUCCGUCCGCUUCUCGCCCAACGGGCGAUACCUCGCCAGCGGCGCUGACGACAAGAUCAUCUGCGUCUAUCACCUCGACAAGUCUUCACCUCCCACGGCCACCUUUGCCACGGAUGAGCCGCCCCCGGCCGAGAACUGGAAGACGUACAAGCGGCUCAUUGGCCACGACAACGAUGUUCAAGACCUCGCCUGGUCCGCCGACUCGUCCCUCCUCGUCUCCGUUGGUCUCGACUCCAAGGUCGUCGUCUGGUCCGGCUAUACCUUUGAGAAACUCAAGUCCCUCCCGGCCCAUCAGAGCCACGUCAAGGGCAUCACCUUUGACCCGGCCAACAAGUUCUUCGCCACCGCUAGCGACGACCGCACCAUCAAGAUUUUCCGAUUCACGCCACCGGCACCCAAUUCCACCCAGCACGACAUGGUCAACAAUUUCGUUCUCGAGGCCACCAUCAGCUCACCCUUCAAAAGCUCCCCCCUCACCACCUACUUCAGACGCUGUUCGUGGUCGCCGGACGGCAACCACAUCGCCGCCGCCAACGCCGUCAAUGGGCCCGUCAGCUCUGUUGCCAUCAUUGAGCGCACUCGCUGGGACAGCGAGAUCAACCUCAUCGGCCACGAGGCUCCGACCGAGGUUUGCAUGUUUUCUCCACGCCUGUUCCACACCGUCAAGCCGGAUGGUGCAGGGCACGCCAACGGCGCCGGCGGCCAGUUGGUCACCGUGAUUGCUUCGGCUGGUCAGGACAAAACGUUGAGUAUCUGGAACACCAACACCUCUCGCCCAGUCAUCAUCCUGCAAGAUCUCACCGGGAAGUCGAUAUCCGAUCUCGCGUGGACACCCGACGGCCAGACGCUUUUCGCAUGCAGUCUCGACGGCGGCAUCGUCAUGGCUACGUUUGAGGAGGGCGAGCUGGGCUGGGUCGCCCAACCGGAGGAAAACGUCAAGGCGCUCCAGAAAUACGGCGCAUCAAGGAAGGGAAUGGGCAUCGCCGAAGAUGUUGACGGACUCAUGUUGGAGACCCACAGCAAAGCUGGCGAGUCGCGGGCGGUCGAGUCGAGGAUGGGCGCCUUGAUGGGCGAUUUUCAGUCAGACACGAAGGAGACGACGGCGGCGUCAAGUGGCACCAAGCCAAGCACACCCUUGACGAAACCGGGGGCGACGACCAACGGCGAUGGCGAGCCGGAGAAGACUGUCGAGGAACAUCCAGACAAGGCUGCCGAACGGAUAACGGAGCUCAAGUCCAGAGUGACGAUCGGCAAAGAUGGCAAGAAACGAGUGGCGCCUUUGCUCGUAUCCUCUUCGGGCACAGGCCAAUCAUCACUACCACAGACACAGCUCGUAGGCUCGACCGCGACUAAGGCGGCGCACAACGACGGCCCAUCAACCGUUCUCGACCUCACCAAGCCUUUUGAUGGGCUGCCGAAAGGAGGCAUCGCCUCCAUGCUGCUGGGAAGCAAGCGAAAGGCUGCCGUGAGCGACGACGGCGAUGAUGAGGACCUAGUUUCCAAACGCGGAGCGACCGGACCAACACCCCUCGUGACGAAUUCUUCCGAUGGCGUUGAGCCGGCCUCGCUCACACCUACCCAAAAUGGAGUCAUUCCCACCCCGGAGUUCCUUCGCCCGGCCGUUCUCAAUCCGGCCAUAUCCUUCUCUGAAGUCAGGCUUGCCGUCCCGAAGAUCAGGUCAUAUAUCCUUCGACCGCUGGAACGUGGCAUCCUGCUGCCAGAAGGGGUACCGGACGACGCGUCCAGGACGCCCGAGAACAUCAUUAUGGAGGCGAAGAAUGAUGCCAACCCGCGCGAUCCAUCGCACGUCUUGGUGACGAAGCGAGGCGCCCUCGUGUGGCAGGAAUGGCUUCCGCGAGCGAUAAUAUUGUUGACAGCGAACAGGAACUUUUGGGCAGUGGCCUGCGAGGAUGGAUCGAUACACGUCUGGACUCCCGCCGGCAGGCGUCUUCUGAACCCUCUCAUCCUUGAGUCGCAGCCGGUCAUCCUCGAAUGUCGCAAUCAUUGGCUGCUCUGCAUCACCGCCGUCGGAUUGGUUCACGUCUGGGAUUUAAGAACCCAAUCCGCGCCCCAUCCACCCGUCUCUCUGGCACCGAUCCUGGACAUUGCCAUGACCUCGUUGAACCAGCAUACGGCGACGCAAGGACCCAGCGUCACGUCCGCGCAUCUCAACUCAAACGGGCACGUCGUCGUGACUCUCUCCAACGGCGACGGCUUCUACUACGCUCGUGACAUGUACACCUGGCAACGGCUGAGCGAAGCGUGGUGGGCCGUUGGCUCGCAAUACUGGAACUCCAACGACUCCUCCAUCUCGGCCCUACAAUCCACGGCAGUCGGCCCUGCAGAAGCCAAGGGCAAGACGUCGGGCGUGACCGUCUCGUCUGGUAUCAUACCAUUCCUCGAGCGGCACACGACGAACGAAUUUCUGCUCAAGGGUCGUGCCUAUGCCCUGCAGCGCAUUAUCAAAACGGUGAUGCAGCGAAAGGAGGCGGAGGAUCUCGAGAGCACCAUCAGCAUCGCUCAUCUGGAGAACCGAAUUGCGGGCGCCCUGCAGCUUGGGGCCAGAGAAGAGUUCCGCUUGUACCUCUUCAUGUACACGAAGCGUCUCGGCGCCGAGGGUGCCCAGCCCAAGGUGGAGGAGUUGCUGAGCAGUCUGGUAGGAGGAAUUCUGCAGGGCAAAGAGAGCGACUCUACGGAGGGCCGAGGCUGGUUCGGAAAAGGAGAUGAUAUUUGCGGGUGGGAUCGCAAGGAGCUGCUCAUGGGUGUCGUGUUGAUCCUUGGUUUGCCCCCCUCCCCCUCCCCUGCCUGUGUGCUGGACAACCGACUAAUGUGGCCGACGGUUAGGAAAAUACCGCGAACUGCAUCGACUGACCUCGCAGUAUGCCAGAGUGCUCGAUAUGAAUCUGGAGGAUGGAUCUCUCGAUGUUGA